AUUCCAUACCCAGAAAAAUUGCAGGAUGAUGCAAGAGUAUUCCAGUUCCCAUGGUUCAUCCGUCACAGACGAAGCGAGGGAUGUGAAACAUGGUUCCUGGCUCCAUUCUGUGAGGAAGCCAAUAUCGAAGCCGUGUAAGAAGGCUCCGGUGGCACCGAUGCCUCCGACUCCAAUCAAAGUGUACAAGGUCGAUCCUAUGAACUUCCGGGAUCUUGUUCAACAGCUUACCGGUGCACCCGAGUUCAAGCCUCACCAUCUUCAAAGCGUUGCACCGCCUACACCUAUGCCUGUUUCUUCCUUCGUUGAAUCUUCGAGCAGAGACAUUAAAACAGUGACCUCUUCAAAUUUCAAUUGGCCUCCCCAAGCGCCUGUGUCUAACCUCUACCUGCAGGACUUGGAAGCUGAAGCAAUGGGAAUAGGGUUGAAAUAUCAAGAUAUUUCGGGUACGCCCUGGAAUUGAAUCUGU